AUGGCUGCACACGCAAACACGCCCCUUGAGGUGGUGGUCGUCGGUGCCGGCAUCGGUGGCGUGGCCGCCGCCCUCACCCUGGGCCUCCGCGGACACCAUGUCACCAUCCUCGAAUCCGCCCCAAAGCUCCUGGAAGUCGGCGCUGGCAUCCAAGUUUCCCCCAAUAUGCUGCGACUCUUUGACCGCUGGGGCGUCUCGCCCUCCAUCCACGCCCAAGACGUCGCCCUCGAGCACAUCCACGUGCGCCGCUGGCAAGACGGCAGUCUGCUGGGCACGAUGCCCGUGAACAAGACCUACGGCCAGCAGGUCGUGAUCCACCGGGCAGACCUGCACAACGCGCUGCUCGACAAGGCGCUGGCGCUGCCAAACGUGACCCUGCGCACCAACGCGCACGUCACCGACGUCUCCUUCGACCCGGCGGCCGUCACGCUCGCCGACGGCACCACCGUGCGCGGCGACGUCGUCAUCGCCGCCGACGGCAUCAAAUCCACCCUGCGCGCCCGCCUCCUCGGCCCCAGCGAGCCCUCCACCGCCGUGCCCACCGGCGACGCCGCCUACCGCAUCAUGCUGCCGCGCAGCGCCAUGGCCCACGACCCGGCGCUCCGCGCCCUCGUCGACGAGCCCCAGGCUACGCGCUGGCUCGGCCCCUCCCGCCACAUCAUCGCCUACCCCGUGCGCAACCACCAGCUCUUCAACGUCGUCCUGCUGCACCCGGACCGCCACGGCGUCCAGGAGUCCUGGACCACCCGCGGCUCCAAGCAGGCCAUGGUCGAUGACUACCGCGGCUGGGACCCCACCGUCACCAAGCUGAUCGACCUCGUCGCCGACGACGAGGUGCUCGAGUGGAAGCUGUGUCUGCAUGCGCCGCUGAACACCUGGGUGCGGGGGUGUGUGGCGCUCCUCGGCGACGCGUGCCAUCCCAUGCUGCCGUACGUCGCGCAGGGCGCUGCGCAGGCCGUCGAAGACGCCGCCGCGCUGGGCGUGCUCCUCUCGCACAUCCGGUCGCGGCGCGACAUCCCGCUCGCACUGCGGGCGUACGAAAAGUCGCGCAAGCAGCGCGCCGAGACGGUGCAGCAGUCCGGGUCGACGAACCGGGUCACGCUGCAUCUGCCGGACGGGCCGGAGCAGCAAGCGCGCGAUGAGCAGUUCCGCGCGUCGAUGAACGGCGGCAGCAACCCGGACAAAUGGGCGGAUCGCGCGACGCAGGAUUUCCUGUGGGCGUGGGACGCGGAGAAGGUGGCGCUGGAGGCGUGGAAUGAACUGGUCAAGGGGGAGACGGAGGAAGUGCGGCAUCGGUUGUAG